GUUACAUGACUCAGACUGGGCUGUUGGGAGUUUCUUCUGAAGAUGUACAUGUUGGUUGAAAACCGCACAAGUUCCCAUCUUCAUCUGAAGAGGUCACCUGGCAUCCGAUCUUGGUCUCUCUUUGUUGGAAUAGCCUCCAUAGGUUUGGCUGCUGCUUAUUAUAGUGCAGACAGCUUGGCAUGGAAGCUCUUCUAUAUGGCCGGGUGUUUCUUUGUGGCAGCACAGAAUCUGGAGCAGUGGGAGGAAGCUGUAUUUGAUAAGAACAAGGGAACAGUCUGCCUAAAAACAUUCAAUCUUUACAAAAAAAUACUGACCUUCUCAAAAGGAGGCCAUGAACAAGUAGUGGCUCUACUGAAUGAGAUCCGAGAUGUGAAUGUGGAAGAGGAGACCGUGCGAUAUUUUGGGAAGGGUUACCUGGUUGUGCUACGAUUUGUCACCGGAUUUUCACACCCACUGACUCAGAGUGCAGUGUUGGGCUGUAGAAGUGAUGUGGAAGCAGUUGCCAAACUCAUUACUAGUUUUCUGGAACUGGACAGAGUAGAAAGCCAACAAGAUCUCUCUCAGAGCAGCGAAACAGAGGCUAGUGAUGCAGAUGAACCACAGGAUAAAUAUUAAUAGUCGUCGUGAGCUGAAGAAAGCAGAGGCUUUCAAACAUCUGGAAAAUACACUGAUUGUUCUUCAGAAAAAGAAAUCCCUCACAGUCUUGACCUGGGCAUUUCUCUACAUGUGCAUUUACAAUGGGAGGAAUCUGUCUUAGGGCGCCUUUUUUAGUGCUAAACGGCUUCAAGAUCCAUGCUCACAGUAUUGCCGUUGUAGAGUCCAAAGCAAAUUCUGUUUUAUUUGCUCCUUUGACUUAGUUCCUGCAUGUGGACAUUGCUGGCUUUUGAACUUCGUCAGCUCAUCAAACUUGUCUAGGAAUAGUUAUUUAUUAAUGAACUGGUUUGAAAUCAUUUAUUGCUUUCCCAUUAAUGAAGUGGAGAUACAGAUGUAAACUUCCACUUAUUGCAAACAUCUGCUGCAGGUACAGUAUAUGAAAUGUAGAAGAGCUGAAUUUGUAACUCAUAACACAAUGCUUUGAGGUUUUUCUUGAAAUGUUACAAAUGACUGAAUAUAUUGCUAAAUUGGUUUUAAGCAGCUUAAUAUAUGCAAUUAGGUGAUGCAGGAUAGUGGCACUUAUAUUUUCUACUACUGACUUGCCAUUAGAUACUGGAGGAAAUCAAAGUUGGAGUGACUGUCUCGGAAUUGGAAACAUCAGGCUGAUCAACUUGUUACAUUGCCUUACUUCUCUUGGACUUGCCAAGGAGUCAUAAAUAGUAAGCAAAAAAUGAUCACGUUGAUGAUUCAAUGUCUUUAGGAUGUUCUAGCUUAAUCCUGUUCUGCUUAACUUCUGGGCAUAGACUACCCCAAGAUAUAAUAACCUUUUUUUGGACCUCAACAUUUACUCUUUUAACUGUGUAUUUAGAAAAGAAAAGUGCAUGUGUUACUUUAGGUAGGGAGAAGACAGAUGUCAAACAACAUGGCAGCCUAGAUUUGUUUAGUAUUUCCUCACUUGAAACGAUACCGAAGGGCUCAAUAAUAACUUAAUAUUUUUAAGAUAGCUGGGAUAGAUCCAAUGUUUGACUUGCGCCUGUGUUUUACUCCAGGUAUAUGUAGUGUCCUCUGUUCUGUCCAAUGGUUUCACAAAUAGUUAAAAUAUGAAUUUUCUAAGAUGUUUUUUGAAGUAAAAGCUACCUCUGUUAGUCAACAUGCUCUGUCUAGAACUAAAACUUCUUCAUGCCUAUAUCAACAUGUCAGUACAAGAAAGAAGUUGUAAAGAGCUGAAAGUUCCUUCAAUGUGCUAAAACUGCUUGUAUUAAAGUUCACUGGGUUUUGUUUAGGAAUUGUAUGGUGGUAAGACCUGAAUUAGAAAAUAUUUACACAGUUAUUUCUAGGAGAUCUGAAUGGGGUAGAAGGUAACUGUGGUCUGCUUUCACAUUUGGCCAGCAGCAAACGUCUUCUGGCAGCAGUUACUUCAGGACUUAAAAGAACAUGCGUUCUUCUUUCGAAGCACUCUACCUCUGCAGAAGAGAAACCUUUGAAAAGAUUUCAGGAGAAGCUGUGUCCUGUUGUGUGUUCCAGCUGUAUCUGAAACUAAGCACGUGCUUAUCUGACCAAAGAACAGGUCAUACCAAGACUUCAGUUCCAGCCAUUUAGACCCAGUAUGUGAGCCGUGAGACAAAGAUGCUCUUAACUGUCGGUUUGAAAGGGUAAUCAAACCGUAACAGGGAGAUAGCUGCUGAUGCAGCUUGACUGCGGUACAGAACUGGGUCUGUUACUAUUAAAUAAGAAAAACUUGUAAUCGCAUCAGGUAUCAAAGCAGACCUCCGCCAAUAGCCAUGCUUGUGAAGCCCUCUGAGUUGGUGAGCUAAUGUGGCUUUCAGUCUCUACCCCAUGUCACUGGAAUUGGGAAGCUGCCAUGUAGGAAUGUGGGAAAUUAGGUUGCAGGCAAUUAGCUAAAUUUGGCCUUUAUUCUGAAGCACAGCUGUAAGCUAAGAAUAAUCAAACCUGUCUGAAAAAAAAAAUUGCAGGAUGUAACAUUUUGGAGAGAUCUUCAUUUAAAUCCACUCUAAUGUAUACCCUAGGUAAGAGGCAUUUUGGAGAGAGGAGAAUGAGCUUGGGAAUUUGGAGAACUCCCCCCCACCCAUAUAAAAUGAAUGUCAAGUGUUCUAAGGAC